CCAACAUAAUAUUUAAUUCGCAGCUCAUGAAGCGAUGACAGAAAAAGCAAGGUAGGAGCAGGUAAGAUUUAAUAGAACCAAUUAUUGGCAGUGGCUGAAAAAAAACAACAAAUGCCUAUCAUAUAUAUAUAUAUAUAUAUAUAUAUAUAUAUUUUUUUUUUUUAAAUUAUAGCUUAUGAAAUGAUAAAUCAUAAUUUAAAUUGAUGAGAUAAGUUUAAAAAUAAAUAUAUAUUAUAUAUAUAUAUAUAUAUAUAUAUAUUGCCAAAAUACCAGGCAAUGAUACCUUUUUAUUGGACUAACAUUAUAUAUAUAUAUAUAUAUAUAUAUAUAUAUAUAUAUAUAUAUAUAUAUAUAUAUAUAUAUAUAUAUAUAUAUAUAUAUGUGUGUCUGUGUGUGUGUAAUAAUAAUCAAUGAUAUAUCACAUCAUAUAUAAUCUAUGAUAUAUCGUAUUCUAUAUAAUCUAAGAUAUAUCAAUGAUAUAUUAUAUCUAUCUGUCUAUCUAUAUAAAUUCUAGGAUAACAAAUUAGAAGUUUCAUGAUCAGUAUAAACUUAGGGCAUUGAAUUCAUUUUGUAUUCUAAGUCAUGUAUUUUAUCAUAAUGUAUCAUUAUUAUGUAACACUAUAUCUAAGCAGUCAUCUGUUUUAGGUAUCUUGCUUGUUAACCAUAAAAAAAGAUGAAGACUGUGCUCUAUUUUUCCUUCUUGGCUUUCUGUACAACAUCCAAUUCCCAGAGUGAGUAUACAGUCUUUAUUUAAACUUAUGUAGAAACACUGCAACAAGACUACAAUGUAGAGAUUGUGUUCUAAUACACAGUCAGGGUUAUUCAUUAUAGUAAGAAUUGUCGUGAAGUUAUGCUUUGUAAAUUCAAAGUUAACUUCGAAUUUGAAGUCAAAAUAUCCAAACUGGAUGAUUUUUCCUAUUCAUCUGUGCCGAAAGCAUAUCUUUUUCAAAUUUGGCUAUUUUGGCCUCAAAUUUGAAAUUCACUUGGAAUUCUUACUAAUAAAUGUAGCCUAUUACGGUUAGUAUCUACCACAUCCACUUGAAGCUUGUGAUAUUGAAAGAGCAGUAGAAACCUGUAAUGGUCUUCCAGUGGAAGUAGUAGAGGCUACCUGUGAAAUAGUAAGGGUAUACAAUACACAGAACUGCCUUCCAGUGGAUGAGGUAAAGGCUAAUAAUGAUAUAGGAAGGGUAUAGUAGAUAAAUGCAAUACCCUUCCUGUGGAAGUGGUAGAGGCUAACAGUGAAUGUAUGUGCUGCCUGUGUAUAGAAUACAUGUGAUGUACACAUUAUGCAUAUGGCAUGUAUGUGAUUUACACAGGAUAACAAAUCAGGGAGCUAUCUACUAAACAGCGGAAAGUUUGAAAUGAAGAAAAGCCAUUUUUUUUUAUUUUUUAUCUUUCUGGCAGGUGUUUAGUAGAUAGCUCCAUAAUGAUACCUUUGCAAUUUUAAACUCACCAAAAUAAGGAGUUAUCUACUAAUCAGCUGAAUGGUAAAUAUUAAGAAAGAAAAAUACAUUUCUUCUUUUGCAAUUCCAUUUGCUUAGUAUUUUUACUUAUAGCAAUCCCAUGUAAGGAUACCACAUUACAUAGCUAUCUACUACGUAACUGAAAGAGCAAAAAUAAUAAAAUAUACCUUUUAUUAAAGGGACACUAUAGGCACCUAGACCACUUCAGUUCAGUUAAGUGGUCUAUAUACAGUGUCCCUAUUGCACUUAAUCUAACACAUUUUUAGAGAAACUGUUUACAAAUGUGAAUACAUAUUUACAUUGCAGCACUAAGACAGCCUCUAGUGGUUGUCUAUCAGACCAACACUUUAGGCGCUUCCUUAAUGUUACCAGACUUUUGGUCCGCUAACUGAUGCUGGAUGUCCACUAUUUCCUCAUAGGAAAGCAUUGAUUCAAUGCUCUCCUAUGUGGAUGGCCUUAAUGCGCGCUAGCGCAGUAUUUGCCUCCCAUGCGUAUUCGCGCCCCUUUAUCAACUGAUAUGGAGGAGGCAGACCUGCAACCCAGUGCCGAUGUUCCUCAGUAUCAGGAAAAUUAAUAAAGGGUUUUUAACCCUUAAUUCACCUUGGUGGGGGGUGGAGGAGGGGGGCUCAACGGAGGGGGGAGGCAGAGGGAGCGAUAGUGCCAACAAUACAGACUUGUUUGCUACGAAUACAAAUGUUUUUUAUUUCAGUUGCUUAGUAGAUAAGUCUCUAAUUUGGUACUCUUAAUUAUUGCAAUCACACAUAAGGAUAAGGAAGCUAUUUAAUAAACAUUUCAAAAAUACAAAUUAAGAUAAAAACCCUUUUCUUGAUUGUACUGUUUCAGUUGCUAUGAGUAGAUGUGAAGUCCCAAAUUAGGGAGCUGCCUACUAAACAACUAAAAAAGGAAAAAUAAGAAAAAAUGUCCUCUUCUUAAAGGAACACUUUAGUGUCAGGAAUAGAAACAUGUAUUUCUGACACUAUGGGUCUAAAUAGCUGUUUAGGCCCCCUCUCCCUUAAAGGACCACUCUAGGCACCCAGACCACUUCAGCUUAAUGAGGUGGUUUGGGUGCCAGGUCCAGCUAGGUUUAACCCAUUUUUUUCAUAAACAUAGCAGUUUCAGAGAAACUGCUAUGUUUAUCAAUGGGUUAAGCCUUCCCCUAUUUCCUCUAGUGGCUGUCUCAUUGACAGCCACUAGAGGUGCUUGCGUGCUUCUCACUGUGAUUUUCACAGUGAGAGCACGCCAGCGUCCAUAGGAAAGCAUUAUGAAUGCUUUCCUAUGUGACCGGCUGAAUGCGUGCGCAGCUGUUGCCGCGCGAUGGGGAGGAGAAGAGGAGGAUCAGAGGAGGAGAGCUCUCCGCCCAGCACUGGAAAAAGGUAAGUUUUUACCCCUUUCCCCCUUCCAGAGUCCGGCGGGAGGGGGACCCUGAGGGUGGGGGCACCCUCAGGGCACUAUAGUGUCAGGAAAACGAGUAUGUUUUCCUGGCACUAUAGUGGUCCUUUAACUUCAGUUAAAACAGUGAUUUACUAACCUUUUUCCAGCUCCCUACGGUAUCAGUCAUGGCUGCCCCCACACACUCCAUCUCCUUUACUGAGAUCAUCAAACUUGAUGAUCUCAGCCAACCCAAUGCUUUCACAUAGGAAAGCAUCGGGAGCCGAUCGCGCAUGCGCUGCAAAAGACUGCUCUGCGUCAAUUAGCAUCUUCUCAUAGAGCACAGACAAUAGUGUCCCUUUAAUUUUGCUUUUUUAGUUGUUUAAUAUAUAUGUCCUUAAUUUGCUAUUCUUUGAAAACAAAUGGAUCAAAAAUCAUUGAGUCAAUUUUUUGUUUUUGGUUUGUUUUUGUGUAGGAAUUCGGAAAUUUCGGAUACUUCUGAAUUAGUCCAAAUUUGGACGAAAUUCAAUUUGGAACUAAACAAAAGUUUUACUAUAGUAGAGGCUUUGAUUUUUACAUUUUUGGUAUGCUUAGCAAAAACGGACUACAGUCAAGUUAAAGUUACAGCAAAGUUCAUUAGACUUUUUCAAGGGUUGGAGAAGCAGUUUAAAUACAUUAACUUGAAAACAUUUGCACCUUUUUACUUGAACACAUAAACAAAUUACAGAAGGGCACUCAGGAAGUAAAUGAAUAUAAAUAAGUAUAAUUUGCAAUUAAUAUUGAAUUAUGUUAACAUAAUUUAAUCUUUUUCUUUGCUUUUCUUCUGAACAGCAUUCCAGUCAUGUGAGUAUAAUUUUUAUACUAUUAUUUGUGAAGGGAGGGUAGAAGCUAAUGGUCUGGCACACAAAAUUGUAUUUGUACAGUUACAUUUAAUGUCUAAUCCCUGCUGUGAUUGUAUUUUAUAUCUAAUAUAAUUUAUUACCUUACAGCAACGUGUUCACAAGCGCUAAGUGGCACUGAAGUAAAACCAAACUACAAUAUAGCUGAAAGAAGCAAUAAAGAUGGUCAAACACAAAAACCUAGUUAGAGCAGAUGAGUAUAUAUUGUAGCUAGGAAAACAAUAAAGAUAUGCAUUUUGUAAAAUUGUUUGAAUAAUUAUCUAAAUUGAUUAUGCAAUCCAAUAUGGCCACCAGUCCACAUGACAUGUUGAGAUGGCAGAGCAAACUGUUGAUAUUUAUAAUGUCACCGAUUUGAAACACCUUCUAUCAAGCUGUUUUGAUUUUGUAGUCAUUUUAAUAGUUAAUUUCCACAUUUGUGACUUUCAAAAUAGCAGCCUAAUAACAUGAAUGAUUAAACAGCAGAUUUGGGCAAGCGUACAUUCACAGUAGACCUCUAUAAUUUGACAACAUUUUAUGAAAUUGUAUUUUUUAUUUUUUUUAAACUCAAAAUUACUGCUGGUCUUUGUGACCUUUAUGACACUUAAGUUAUUGAAAAAUCAUAUGUUUAACAAGUGGUAUUGCAAUUUAAAAUACCUCCCAACUGUCCAAGGGUGGAGCUGUUUUUAGAAAUUUUAGAUAACUUACUGAUAAAAAUGUAUGCAACUAAAAUGCAAGUUAGAACAAGGACAAUGUAUAGUAUUUACUCACUUAUUUCUAAACACAUUAAUGUAAUUUAAAGACUAAUUACAGUGAGUAUCAUUGCUGUGGAACUCUGUUACACGAUGACCCAACCAGUACUGUAAUAGAGCUGGACUCCAAAUGGUUACUAAGUGUGAAGGAAGAGAAAGGGUUAAGAUAAAAGGUCAGAAACACUAACCAUUCAAAUUAAUAAAAUUUGCCGUAAAAAUUGUGCAGUAAGUUGUCAAUUCGCCAUGGUCUUCCAUUAAAUGAAUUAACUCCAACAUGUAUACUAUCUAGGCAGUGUCCUGUUCUUGUCUUUUCAAAUGUUUCAGUUUUCUACUAGGGUUUUGAGGGCUUUCCAAUUGGCUUAUUCAAUAUGUUUUUAUGAAAAUAUUUACAUGUUACAGUGGAAACAAAUGAUUAGUGAUUUGCAUAUAUGAAUACUGUAUUAAUAAGGAACAUGUAUAUAAAAUAGAAAGUGUGCUAAAUAAAACAUAUAUUUGAGUAGAAAGCAGACAGGUGGAAGGAAAGAAAAAAGAAAACAGCUUUCUGUUAGCCUGUGCAGAAAUGUACCUAGCUUACAUUACACCGAGGUGGAAAUUGAUCGACCCAAAUUUAGUUAGGGGCAUUGCACACACAUACUGACAUUCAUAUACACACACAUUUAGAUACAUACAGAUUAAUAUUCACACAUUCUUACAUUCCUAUACACAGCACACAUGAAUACAUAUACACAGACACAAACAUUGAUAUAUAUAUAUACACACAGACUCACAAACAUACACUGACACAAAAUGAGGCUCAUGCAUACAUAAAGACUACCACACACACACAUUCAUACACACACUUUUACAAAUGCACUCAUAUACACACACAUGUAUUACAUGAACACACAUUCAUGUACUUACACCAACUCAAAAACACAGACAUUCAUAUACACACUCAUAAUUACAACCACACACACAUUUUAUUUUUUUUAAAAAUAAACAAUAAAACAAAUGUAUAUAAAUCUUUAACAAUGAGGUCCACCCAGUCUCCCUGUUCCUAUCUUGACAGAACUAACUGUCUAGAAAACUCUCUUUGCUAGAAAACUCUCUCUGCAUUCAAUUAAUAUAUUUGUGUACGGAUUAUGGAAGGGGGCGUACACUUAAAUAGAGAGUUAUUUUUUAAAAUGAGAGUCGGUUGAGGUGUGCCGAAACCGACGAGAGGUUAGGCCUGUAAAAAAGAGGGCCAAAAAGUAAGUAAACAUAAUUUAUUUAUUACAACACCAUUAUUUAGACAUAUUAUAAAAUGCGAGUCUGAUUUCUUUCUCUGGGUUUGGAAUGUACUGGUUAUACGCUGAGGAUUUCCAACGGCCCAUUUUCUUUAUGAUAUGUGUUGGUACUUGACUACUUGAGGCUGCUGUGGCCGCUCUGAUGCAGAAUGAGUGUCCCGUGAAGGAAUUUGGAUUGAGGCCUAGUCUAAGGAGUAAAGCACGGAUGUAUAGCAUGAAUUGUAUAGUAGUGAGGGGCUUACCUUGUAGGGACAACAGAGGCAAAUCUGGAUUUUUAAUCUGUUGAUUUAGUAUGAAAUUAUCCAGCACUUGUACUGGGCACCAUGUGGAACCGGUAGGAAAGUAUUUUAUGUCUACUGGGGGGCCUGAUUGGUUAGUUUUUGUGCGGGGAAUUGAUAGUAUGAAAUGAUCAUUUACUUUAGUUAAGUUCUUUUGUUUAAGACAAUUUUUUGUGUCGGAUAUUUUUUCCACUGAGAAUUCUUUAGGUCUGAGAAUCCGAAAAAGGCUAGAUAUGCUACUGCCUUAAUUACUUUUGGAGCCGAAGGUCAGCCUGGUUGCAAAAUAGUAUUUCUCUUCCCACUUAACACCAUGUAGAUGCCAGAGUGACUGCUUAAUUGGUAGGAGUUUGAAAGCGUUUGAAAUAUCUGUUUUGCUCAACCAGGCAGCCUCGCCCAUGUUGACGACAGCUUGUAUGGCAUCGUCUAUUUUUGCGUAUUGCAGUGAAAAUUCUUCUGAAGGUAUGAGAGAAUUUAAGCUUGGGGAAGUGUGAGGUGCUGAAAAAUCGAUUAUUAACCUCUUUUUAUUGUUAAACUUGCCCGUGGCUAUACCAAGUGGACUUGUUCUCCAGGAGGUGAAGGGUGGAGUAGUAAAGGGUCCUAUCAUAAAAUCAUACUCUAUUUCUUUGUUGAGAAGAUCUGUUAAACUGAUUGUAGGUUGGGGCAUUCUAGUAUGCCUGAAGGGAGUGCUACCAAACCUGUGUGAAAGCCUGCUACCAGAAAGUCCGCCAAGUGAGAAGAAGGAUGUUCAGUCAAGUAACGUUGUAAAUUGGUUACAUUUAUUGGGGUCAUUGCUUUCUUAGGGAACAGUUUGUUUGGACACAUAGUUUUUGCAUGUGCUCUGAAACAGAUCGAGCAAACAUGAAGUAAUCUACAAGCGCUGUAACUACAUUCUCCCGCGUUAAAGUUGUUACAAACUUGAGCUUUCCCGAGAAAUACUAUAGGUCUCCCUAACUUAUCUUUCAUUUCCCUUUGAUUAGGGAAAUAGUCUGGACUGGUAUUGCUAGUAGACGGGCCACCUAUGUUACUCGGACAAAAGUUUGCCGUAUGAGAUGCUGAGGCACAUAUUGCACAUGCUGGUGUUUUAAGCCCUGCAAAAUAUCUACAGAAUAAUUCUGUAUCUAAUUGACUCCAAUCGGUGGGAGUGUUGAAUUGGGCCAAUGAUGCAGCUGACUUAGCAGAAAAGGACUUAUGGUAGUCGUAGAAUGCGUAACCUCCGUAUUUAUAAGCUAAUUCCACCAGUUUGUGCAGAUAUAGAUCCAGCUCUUCUCUACGGUGUGGGAAAGCAGUGCAAAUUACAUCUCUAUAUAAGCCAAAAGCUAACACAAACUCAGGAAUAUUUAGUUUUUUGUUGAGCCUAGGAUCUCUAGCUUUCAUUACCACGGAUAUAUCGUCAAAAGUAUAGGCUCUGUUUUCGAUUAUAUCCUGUGAGGCAAUGAGGAGAGAAGCUAGAUUAACAUCUUUCCCUUUCUAGUAUAUCUCUUUUUAAAUUUUGUGGUAUCAAAUGUACUGGGUUGAUUAUAUUAGAUGUUUUAGCAGGAAAUGGAUUGCAGUUACCUCCUGAACUUGUCUCGGGUUGUUCUAGUGGGAUUUGUACUUCCAGAAUGCUAGCUUGACUAGUGGCUUCCAGGCUAUCUAAUCUGUUAUUUAUGGUAGCAACUGAAGCCACCAGGGAGGUCAUCAUAUUUCGUAAUGCUGUCAAACUAUUUUGGAUCGUAGAAUCGGAACUAGGGCCUGGUAACUCAUCAAUGUUUUGAGAGUUUAAUAAGCGGAAAAGUUCAGCUUUUCUGGCUGUAGCCGGAAAUGGAAUGUUUCUCCUAUUCAGUUCGGCUGUGAUUUUUGGAACAGUCCAGGAUCUGUAGUUGGACAUCGUACUGGAUUGUCUUGGUUGAGUGCCAGGUCUGGAGGGAGUGCUGGCAAGUGAUAAGUCUUCUUCUUGAACUGAAUUGUUAGACAUGCUAUGGGCAUGAAAGGAGAUGUUGUUAGAACAUUUUUUUUUUUUUGCCCGAGUGUGAGCGAGUGUGCUGGUUGACUAGCUAGUGCCGCUCUGUGGCGAAGCAAUUACACUAGGUUGGUGACUGGUGAGGCCCUACUAAGUGCCAAGUGGCUUGAGAGGCUCUAUCUAUGAGUUGGCGCAAGGGAAUUUCGUGGCCACCGAACGUUGUGGCGAGGUGUUGGCCUCUCGAUGAGUAGUAAUCAUAAGAUAGAAUGGGAGUGACAGGUGAGGCCCUCUCUAUGCCACGUGCGAGGCGGCUACCUAUGAAUUGGCCCGAGGGACGUAGUACCUCUGAAUUGAGGAUGGGUGUUGGCCUCUCGAGACCACUACUUUAAGGCAAGAGAGCCGGGAUGAGAUUUACCGCUAUUGGGUUCCUAAGACCUUAACAGCCAGCCACCUAAACUACGAGGGACGAUACGUACGUAAAUGAAACAAAAAUGAAAACAAUUUAAUCGUUUGUUAUCCUUACCUGUAUGUGAACUUGAACACGUACUUGAGAAGCACUAAAGAGUUUAUUUGCGAAGAUGUUUGGUCGGGUGGUUUUUUACCCAAGCUGAAUCCCCUAUUGCAAAAAGAUGGGAGGAGUAAUAGAGUAAAGUAAGCGAAAUUCAGUAGCAGACUUUUUUUUAUUUUAUUUUUUUUGAGGAAAUUUACCAACCGGACCGUAAACGUGUAAACCUGCGUAAUUGGUAGUACCGAAUGUCGAAAUGAAUUCCUAGAAAGGAAAGAAGUGUUUUCUAAAAUUAAAUGAACAGCGUGCGUGAUACGAAUUCGUAGGAAGGUGAAUGACUGGUUAACUGUAUGACCGAAUUAAUGAGCAUCCGAACCGUGCACUGAGUAAUGCCAGGGUACCGUCUUCCCUGAUGUGGUACGAGUGUCAGCUACUGUAUUGAUUCUUUUGGACUAAUUUAGUAUUUGCUGUCAGAUGAAUUGCUAAUAGUUUAUUGACAUCAAUAAAACAUCUAUGUAAUAUUUCUGAGGACUGUGAAACGAUACAUAUGAACAGGUUUGAACAGUUGUACAGUUUAAUAAAUGCCUGAUGCAUGGUACAUGAGGUUGAAUUUUUUGGUGACUUGUUAUUUUUUUUUUUUUUUAUAUAAAGUGAACUUGUGUGAACAGGCUGACACAGUUACAGUUACUGUUAGAAUGUGGUCUGUUUUACCAUGUAAAAUGUAAAUGUAAAUAUGUUCCUUGCCAUGUUAAGAAUACAAUUCUUUGCCCAGGUCAUCAGAUGAGAAAUUUAAUUCAAUGAAUGCAGAGAAAUAAAUACUGAAUGCUUGUAACAUUAAAAAUGACAGUCUCGCCGAUAUUUGUUGAAUUAAAUUUGCAUACUGUAUACAAACGAAUAUACCGAUUUAAGAAAGCUGCUAAAGAACGAUCGGGCAAACCCCCCUGUCAAAUUUCCAUGCGAAUGAAAGUUGUGCUAAUGAAUUGUAUGUGAAAUGAAAAGAGAGAAUGGACUUACAGUUUGCGUGGGAAACUGCAGAAUGGAGCCGUUCGUGUGAAAAUACUCACUGAGCUAGGCGUUGUGAGUUCCUGAGCGUUCUUUCCGAGCAUCACGGGAAAUUGACAUCAGAGGUCUGCGUGUACCGGAACUGAGGAGAAUUUCCGGAAUCGUCGAAGAAAGGUAAGCCUGGGUUUAUUGGGUUUAUAUAGGCCUAAAUCCCUCCCACAACUACAGGCAUACGCCUUCUAUAUAUAUUAUGAUUUAUUCCAUCUCAGCGCCCAAGGUUGGAGGACAUGUUUCUUACGACCAAGACCACUAUUAAGGCUUGGAAUAUACUAGAUCGAAAAAUUCACCCUUCUGCUGUCUGGUCUAGAGCCACUCCUCUGUCAGUAUUAAAACUAGUUAUGCCUGUAUUAGACGUAGAAUAUCGGUCCUCUCAUUCAAUUCAUUGUAUUCAUGAUUUUUUCUUAUCCUCUAUCUUUAACAUUUGAACAACUACAAAUGAAAUUCCACUUAAGUGUUUCUGAUGCCCCUGCACAUGCAAAUUUGGUUCAAAAAAUUUGCAAGCAUUUUGGGAUUUCUGACCAGGACCUGAAUGCUAGAAAAUUGGAAAUGUCAAAUUUAUAAAAGAUUUAUAUUUCAGAAAAACAGAAAAGAGGGCGUAUACCGCGCCUAGUAAUUUAUAUAUGCAGAAAAUACAUACAUGUAUCCUUGGAUAUUCCAAUUAAUCGUAACCUCGGAAAAGAAUUAAGAUAAAAAAUAAUAGUGCAAUACAGUAAAUUUUAUCUUAAAAAUAGGUAGUUUAUGGCUAUGUACAGUCCACUCACAUUUGGAUGAGCUAUAACAGAGCUCUGCUGUGAAGCGCUUGGACGGUACAAUCCCCGUCUUUGGAUUUGUAGUAGUUGCCACGGAUGUUUUCAAAGUGCAAUGUGCGUAGUUGAUAUAAAAGAAAGAUAGCAGCAAUAUGGUGAAGUAAGUACCAAUAAUAUAAUGGAUGGUAAAUAGUAUUGUACUUACACUUUCUAGAGCAUGUGACCUGCUCUGGUAUAAACAGCUUAGGUGGUAUAAUCCCCACCAAGGAUAUACAGGAUCCAGGAAAUAAAAAAUAGUAAAUAUAGGGGCGGAGCCUAGCUUCCUAGCAGAGUGGACGUGCUGCACAAUAGCUCCUGCAAGCCAGCCACUAAAACGGGGGAUAUACCCCAAAUCAUCGCGCCCACACCGCUGGGAGUGUGACUACAGAGUGGGGGAGACCCAGGAAAACGUUUUAAUACUAAUCUUGUACCCGCAACUCACCGGGUCCCCACGAUUCCAACCUGAGGCCUAGCUGCGACCGAGCCAGGGAGAGGCGGCCGCUCUCCUGGUUGGUAACCUCGCAGAUGGAAACCUCACCGUACUCACCUCUAACCCCCCCCCUCUGGACCGGCGGGGGUUAUCCCGGUCCUCGCUGGGUGGCACAGGCAGCUGGCCAAUACUACCUCCCAACGCCAUGAGACAGCAAGGUACAUCCAAGAUGGCGGAGGAUGGCGGCUGGCACAAGCGAUCGCAAACCCUAUGCACCAAACAUCCCCAACACAGCCUGCAGCGCCUGGACACUCACCUCAGCCAACACGGGGCUAAACAACAAACCGAACAACUAGCAGCCCAGAUGCCGCGGUAUGCAGAAGCCCACACGGGUGAAAGAUGCAGAAAGCACAGGGGGACCGCGACAACGGCUUACCGUGACCUGCUGGAAGGCACACGCGACUACCCCACAGAGGGAGUUGGCUGACGACAUCGCGGCAUGGCAGGGCUUGCGGCCACCGCUGGAACUGUGAUUCUAAGCGAGCAGACGGCCACACACUGAGCCCUCCAAACCAGAGUGAACUCUUUAUACCUUAUCCUGAAGCACAUGCUUAAUAGUUAUACUCUGCAUCUGAAUCUGGUACUUUCCUUUUUGAGCCAUACCAUGCAUAGCUGCAUUAUAUCUGCACCCAGUGAUACCGUAACCCAGCUUUAAAUCACUAAUUUGUCAAACCUACUUUAUCAAUAUGCUGACACUGCCAGUUUCAUAGCAUGUUGUACAACAUAUACCUAAAGCUUGGCUAGUCUAAUGUUAAUCUGUUACUCCACUCUAUGCUUAACCCUCUUGUAGAAUGUCUCUUCCUAAAUGUGUGUAUAAAGCCAUAAACUACCUGUUUUUAAGAUAAAAUUUACUGUAUUGCACUAUUAUUUUUUAUCUUAAUUCUUUUCCGAGGUUACGAUUAAUUGGAAUAUCCAAGGAUACAUGUAUGUAUUUUCUGCAUAUAUAAAUUACUAGGGGCGGUAUACGCCCUCUUUUCUGUUUUUCUGAAAUAUAAACCUUUUAUAAAUUUGACAUCUCCAAUUUUCUAACAUUCACUAUUUUAAAAGUAUACUUUAAUGUAAACAAACAAAAUAAUAACAUUCACAAUAGCAUUCACUAUUAUUUUUUAUCUUAAUUCUUUUCCGAGGUUACGAUUAAUUGGAAUAUCCAAGGAUACAUGUAUGUAUUUUCUGCAUAUAUAAAUUACUAGGCGCAGUAUACGCCCUCUUUUCUGUUUUUCUAUUACUCACUCACAAGGUUGGAGAAUCCUUGUUUUGUAUACUGCUGCCUGAUCACUAUAGCGAGCGCCUAUUAUUUUCCUUUUUCUAACGUUUAUAUUUCAGACCCUGGCUGGAAACUAACCAUCUCCAUGUGUUAUGCCUUUUUUUGCAGGAGAAGUAGGCAUGAAAUUGCCAUACAUGACAAAGUGGGAUAGGGUUCUAGGUGAGGUAUUCACAGUGGAGGAAUGGCAUGAAUCAUUACUUGCAUUGAAAAGCCUUACACAUUGCAUUACCCACUUAGAAUCUCAUUUAAAACUAAUUUAUCACUGGUACUUCUCCCCAUUUAAAAUGUUCCGACUACACCUCUCCACAUCUAACUUAUGUUGUAAAGGCUGUGGACAGACAGGUACUGUGGCAAACCUAGCUACUUGUGGGUUGCUGAACUAUAUGUACAAAAGGUUGUCUGCAAUAACCGCUGGAUUAUAUAUUGUAUUAUUGGUCUGUACUGCUAUGUGUAGAGCGUUCGUAUGCUAGCAGCCAAAAGCUGCUAGCAUUCAUGUAUUUCGUUUCACGAACAGAGACUUUACCGGCUGUUCGUGAAACGAAUGAGCUACCCCCCAGUAGCCCACACAGAGAGGGACGUGUGGCACUCAUUAACCGAUUGCAACAUUGCUGCAAUCGGUAGUUAAAGGCUUUCCUAGGUGGCCGUCGUUCGGCUACCGACCACGUGGCGGUCGACCAUCUUGGAUCCUUUGUUUCACCACCGGUGUUUGGUCAUCGAGCGCGUGGAACAGAAAUCGGCUACUCAACGGCGUGAACACCGCUGGGCUUCCAGGCCGUUUGGGAGCUCCGGUCUUUUACUAUUGUGGUUCCCCAUCGGUGUUCGGUACUUUUAGGCGAACACAAUGUUAAAGUGUAUUUCGUGCGGCAUUCGGUUGUUUAAGCUGGCAUCUGAGCGGUAUUCUCACGAAAUGUGCACUCAGACCCCAGCUAUCUACCGAACGUCCAUUCGCCUAAAUAACAUGAAUAUUAGCAAAGUUAUGGAUUUUCAUGUAAAAUGUCGGUUCUGCUGCACGGAGGGAUAAUCCACUUAACGGUAUAUUCCAGUGGGAGUAUCCCUCUCGUCCAGCAGUGCCUGAUGGGAUAAAUGUCCAAAUUUUUAAGUCCCCCAUGUAGUCCCCUGCAAUGUCAGUAGGGAAUCCCCUUGCAUGGGGACUUGCAUGAAUACUGUGACCUCUGAAUAAAAACCUCAGUUGACUCCCAGAACUGUGUUUCGUCCGGUUACUGGGGGAUUUGGGAUAUUGCCUUACUUUUCAGCACUUGACUGUGGAUUACCUUCUGUACCAGCAAAGAUCGUGAAAUUUAAUAUUGCAGCUCCGCUACAGGUACUUUAUACCAUAUUUUCUGGUUAUGCUCAAAACUAUCCAACUAUUGGCAACAAAUAUUAGAAAUGAUCAUAUCUAUCAGUUCCCUGUUGAUUUAUCUCCUGGAUUAUGCUUACUUAAACGCCUCCCUGAAGAUUUAUCAAAACACAAAACAAUAAUGUUAGGCCACCUCCUUAUCUCGGCUACAUCAGUUAUUCAUAGAAAUUGGAAAUCUGUUACAAUUCCCUAUGUCAAAGACGUCCUACUGUUUUUAUUUUAAAUUAAAAGAUGCAAACUUGCUCUCCAAGUACCAUCGGCUACCAACGUACUCCUCAGACAUGACUGGUCUGAGUGGGAGAAGGCAAUGAGGAGUAAGUACAAGCUUGAUGAUGUUUCCACCUGACCGAAAACUGUUCUAUCACUUAUGUUUGACUUAUUAUUUAUCGUAUUUGUCAUUUUACAUACAAUAUCUAUACAAAUAUAUGACUUUUUUUUUCUUCCACUCUCUACUUUAAUGUUUUCAUAUCAUACUAUGGAUGUGCAAUGUAUUCAUUUUUCCCCAGUUAUUAAUUUAAUUUCUUAUGUUUUUCUUAAUUUAUGAUCUUCGUGCUGUUACUCAUAGUACUGAUAAGGAAAGCAUAACAAAGAUCAUUGCUAUUAUGUCACUGUCCAUGUACCAUAAUGUUUAAUAUUAUUGACUGUUAAAAAGUUGAUAAAAAUUUACAAUUAUUAUUUUUAUUAUUAUUAUUUAAAACAAUAAAAAAAAAUGUGAAAAUAAUUGACAUUACCUAUCUCCAUUAAUUACAACAUGUUUCCAUCUUUCAUGUCUGCCUUCCUUUUUUGAUAUUUUUACAUCUCUUGUAAUCUCAGUAAGUAGUACAGAAAUUAAAAGAUAAUUUAGAUAAUAUUAUUUUUCUUUUUUCAUAGAUGCCAAGUUAUGCUCAGACUGCCAUGCAACAGCUAGUGUAUGUACCAAGAAGACAGGCUACGUCAUAUGCACCUGUAUCGCAGGAUAUAUUGGCAAUGGGGUGAACUGCACUGCAAUUUCCUCCUGUGGUACACAAAACUGCUGUCCCUCAGGCUAUUAUUGGGAUAACAGAAUUAGCUUUAAAGUCUGCACAGAUAUUAAUGAAUGUAAUGACAAUACACUAAAUAAGUGUGUCCCAUCAUCCACCUGUAAAAACAUGAAUGGUUUCUAUUUAUGUAUCAGUAAUAGAUCCACCAACUGUACUACUAGUCCUUGUCCCUAUGACCAGGACUGUUUGAGUGUUGCUGGAAAUGUUCAAUGUGCUGAUCCUUGUUUUUACUACCAAACUCUGAAUGGAACUAGUAGAUUAUCCACUAUUGACUCCACUGGAGUAUUCUCCACAGACCGGUACAACAUUGGUUGGUUUCGUUUCACUGGGAGUGCUGGUUUAAGAAUGCAAGAGGAAUGUGCUGGGACUUUGAAAUGUGGCUCCCUUACACCUUUCUCUUUAAAUGGCACACAUCCUACCAUCGGAGAAGGAAUAAAGAUUGUUCCACUGCAAAUCAAUUCAUUAUCAGGCUGUUUGACUGGAGCAAACAUCACAAUAAAAGCUUGCCCUGAUAAUUUCUAUAUCUACAAGUUUAGUGGGAUGCUACAGUCUGAUGUUUAUUGCACAGGUGGGUAGAAUUACCUUAAAUGUAUUGCACUUUCAAAUUAUGUAAUCACUUAUAUUAUCUUGGUCUAUCUUUCAUUAGCCGUAAGAUUAUUUUAGUCAAUCUAACGUUAAAUAUCGCAGGUAAACUUAGCCCUUACUGGUACAGGAACAGUUCUUAAAUUACAGCCGUUCUAACCUCACAGGAAGUCACAGUGGAUAUGUCUCUUUACUAAACAAUGCAUUUUGUAUGGACAGUAGAAUAUAUUUUAAAAACACUCUAUUGAACGAAAAUAUAUGUAUGUUUAAACAUAUGCAUUUCUGAAAAUAUUAUUUUUGCAUUAGUACAAACAUAUUUUUGCAUAUAUUAGCUCAUGAUCCUGACCAAUAGCUUAAUAAUCCUCAAAUAUUGUUAUGCCUAUGUCAUAAAGGAAGAUGUGUGGCUGAACUACAACUAUACUUAUACGUAUAUAACAAAUAAGUCUCAAAUAGAUGCAUUCAGUUAAAAGAGUGAUUACUAAUUUAAAUUUAAAAAUACGUAUUCCUAUGAAAGUGACUAGGAUUUUCAAAACUAUAACAUGGAAAUGAUAAAAUGAAAAUGGAGAUUUAAAUUCAUUUCUUUAGUAUAAAUCCAGUUUCUAUGUUGGUGUUACAUAUCCUUCCUAGAUGUGUAUCAGAUAAUUCUGGUUGACUCUGUACAAUAUAAAGUAAUGCAAAAAGUAGUUUACUAUUAGUAAAAUAGUUCUAUUUUUUGCCCUCUCAUGUUAAUAUAUUUUUUCUCUCUUUUCUCUUUUCUAUUAGAUCCACAAUUUACUGCAUCUUCAAUCAUUCCAACCAUGGUCACCACUAAAGCACAAACUACAACCACAACCACAACCACUACAACUCAACCUACAACAAUAUUGACCACCACUCCAGCCACCACCACCACCACUACUCUAACAACUGCCAUCCCAACUGCUGUCACCACAACUUCACCUACAACCAUUUCACCCACCACAACCCUAGCUAUGUCUACCAAAAUCAUACCCACAUCAACCACUGUGCCAACUACAAUUACCACCUAUGCUGCAACUUCAACCUCUCCAAACACAACUGCACAAAUCUCUGCAUCCAUUAGCCCAACACCAUCACCAAUACCUGAGAAAAAUAUUACAGUUACCAGUGUGAAAAGCAUAAACAUAGUGAGUGUCACAACAUCAACUAAACUAGAGAAUGACAUAGAGGUAUCUAGCUUAGAAAUCAACAAGACCACUGCAAUAUUAAUUGAAGUUCAAACUAUCACUGCCAGCACUAUCAGAACCAAAACCAGCAACUCUAUUUCAUAUUCAUCACUAUUAAUCAUGGUCGGGGAUGGUGAACCUGUAACAUUAACUGACACACCAUCGUUACAGAUUACUGAUAAUGAAACUGUGUCUGACAAUUUGGAAAACUUUCAGUUUAGCCUUUAUAAUGGCAAGCCUAUUGAAAUUCACACUCUUACUGAUACAUUCAGUGUUCCUGGAGAUGGUUUUACCACCACAACCACAGUAACCACUACUUCAACAGAAGAGGUCAUUGUUGUAGGUCCACCACUACUUCCAAGCCCUUCUUCUAACACAGUGUCAUUCUCUGCAACUGGAUCUGCAACAAAUGUUCCUAAAGUAUAAACAACAUGAUCUGGAUCUUAUUAAGCCCUAAAAAUAAGCACAUGUAACUUGUUGGUAUCCAAUCAACAUGUGUGUGCUCUUAAUUCCUGCUAUAACCACUCUAAGUCUAUGGUCAAGUCUCUUGAACUUCAAUAGUAGUAGCUUUAGUCUUCAUAAUAUUUUCUAAUUUAUUAAUAAGUAGGUGGCUGUGAGUUCUGUAGGGACCAUUUUUGAUUAGUAGUAAAACAACCUCUCAGUUCUCUGCUAUGUAUAUUGACAUUAUUAAACUGGUCAUCCUACUGUCAUUUUAUAACACAUGAUAAUGGACUAAAAUGUAAUAAAUAAAGCAUGCAAUUCAAAUUCA